CGCCCGCGCCUCCGCCUCCCCUUCCCAUCUUGCUCUCCGCCGCCGCAUCGUCUCCCCCGCCGCCUCACCAGCUCGGCCCCCAGCCUCCGCCUUCCCGGCCCUCGCCUCCCCCUCCCCCUCCCACCUCUACCUGCACGUGGCUCCAGCUCGGCUGCAGGGCCUCCCGCACUAGAUCUCGCGAGGCCGUGCUCGGCGCGGUAGCCGGCGACCACCCCCCCCCCCCGGCACGGGGGCCCUGGCCGGGCUCGGGCAUGGCACCGGAGGCCUCGGCAGGCUCGGCCCGCCAGAUCUCGCGCGGGCGGGGGCAAGAGCUGCGGUGGCACGGCGGGCGGCUGCGAGAGAGGCGUGCGCCUGGAGGGUGCAGAAGCGACCGGAGUUGCAGAGCUGAGUCCCUCCCUUCGCUCUCCUACCCGCCUCCCCUGCUCCCCGUCUCCACCAGCGCUCCUCCUGCUCCCCGCCGCCGUCUCUUGCUCCCUCGGGAUACAGAUCCGGUGCGGGGCACGGCUCAGAGGGGGAGGAGGCAAGAUCUGCGACGGCCUGGCAGUCCGGGAGCCGCGCGGCGCCGCCGCACGACCCAUCGCCGCGGCCACCUCUACAACCCCGACGACCGUGCGCCUCUCCGAGCGAUGCUUGAACUCAAGCGCCACCCACGCGUCGAAGCCAACGUCAGCCGCAUCGAGGAGAUCGAGGAGCCGCUCUACCCCGCCCUCGCCCUCGCCUGCUCCAACGAUCCCGCGGGACUCAGCGGGGUUGACUCCCCGAUUGUCCGCCUUGUCAUUGGCGAGGACGGUGUCGGAGAGGACGCCGCGCCCUUCAUCUGCAUCGGCGGGUUCCGGCAGACGCGUGCCAUCUACGAGCUCGAGGAUGGCGGCCUCGUGCUGGAGUUCGAUGAGACGCGGUUCGACUUUGGGACCAGCUACAAGCUCGAGUGCGAGGCCUAGCCUGACCGGGGCAAGGAGGUGCUGGAGCGCCUUCUCACAGUGGCCGCCGUGCUGUUGUUCGCUAGGGGCGUGUGGAAGAUGGAGAGGGCACUGCCGGCUGCGAUGCUACGGGAGAAGCUGCCCAGGUUCCUCUCC